AUGGUUACGUCUCCAGGACUUGAUGGAAUGCAUCGCAGGGUACUAAAAGCAAUGGUAUAUGCUUGCGGGAAAGCUUCCAUGGAGCUGUUGGGGGAGGUGUUGAGAGAGAAGGCGCAGUGCACCACGAUGCCCCAGAGGGAAUGGUUCCUGGGGAAGGCGGACAAGGGCGGAGAGGGGGAUGGCAACCACACCGGGGGAAAACAAUUCAACUGUUCUGAGUCUGGAAAGGGAGUUGCUCAGUUCUCUAACUUGCUGACUCACCAGUGGGUUCACACGGACAAGAAACCAUUUAAUGGCCCAGAGUAUGAAAAAGGCAUUAAAAGGGCUCACGAACUGCUGUACCAUCAACGUGUUCACGCUGACGAGAAACCAUUCAAGUGCAUUCUCAGAGGGAAUACAUUCAGGCCGUCAUUUGAUCUCAGUUUACAUCUGCGAACUCAGUGGAGAGAGGCCGUUCGUCUGUUCUAA